CUAGCAGCCGACGUCGCAUUUAAAAAAUAGAGCACGGCUAGCGUGGGCGCCUGAAAUCUUCUUAGAAGCAGGUGGCUAUUCGAAGGGAAACGUAAUUUUAAAACAUUUAAAAGUUUUAAAGAUGGUCAGCGCCUGGUAUAUGGACGACUCUGAUGAGGAUCAGCGUUUGGAUCACCAGAAAAACCCACCCCAACCGGUUGACAUGAAAGAUCUAGUCACGCUAACUGGAGUCCUUUACUGGAAGCUAAACCUCGAUUCUUAUGAGGAAGACGGUGUACUUGAUAAAAUCAAGAAAGAUAGAGGUUAUACCUACGAGGAUGUUAUCGAAAUUUCACCCGAGAAAUUGCCCAAUUACGAAGAAAAGUUAAAGAUUUUCUUCUCGGAGCAUUUGCAUACUGACGAAGAAAUUCGUUUCGUAUUGAGUGGAUCCGGCUUCUUCGAUGUGAGAGACGCCAAAAAUGAUAGCUGGAUUCGCAUCAAAGUAGAAGCUGGUGAUUUACUCGUUUUGCCGGCUGGCAUUUACCAUCGUUUUACCCUGGAUUCCUUGAACUAUAUCAAGGCCAAGCGUUUCUUUGUUGGUGAACCAAUCUGGACACCAUACAACCGACCAGCUGAUGAAAUGCCUGCCCGCCGUGAUUAUCUGGCAUCCGUCCGAGCCUAACUGACCAAGUGA